GUCAACAUCCACGCACGUCUGACCUUGAGCCCUUGUCGAUGUGUGAGGUGCCCAUGGCCUGCUUUGUUGCACGCAGUGCAGAGCACCACUCCCGUAUAUCUAUGUAUGACAUUGCAACUCAUGAUAAGCCGUUUGCGCUCCCUGCAACCAACUUCACACCGACCUUGAAGAGGCCGACCCUUCAGGAGGCCGAGCGAUGCUUCAUAGGGUCAUUUCUUUCCGUUGAACAAGAUAACAGUAUUCACAGAAGCUUUCUAAACCUGCGUGAGCCUUCUCGGCGGGAUACAAUUUCUUGCUAUCAAGCACUAGCGUGGAGUCAUCGCCAAUUGCAAUUAUGACUCAAGAAGAGAACUCUUCUUAGCAUGUGCCACCGGCAGUUCCCAGCCGCGACGGGGGGCGGGUGCAAGGCGACUCCACGCUGCAUGCAAAAUGCGCGACACUGGUUGCCAUAUAUGCAAGGCACCAUAAUACUGCUUGUGUCACUCUUGCUUCUGGUUCCGGUGGCGGGCCAAAGCAAUGCUUCCUCGACCAUGCUACCGAGCUCGAACGACCAGUGCGGCACAACGCUGGUGCAGGACGUUACCCAGAGGCUGCAGCGGGUGGUGGGCAGCAUGGCUGCUAGCGAUUACCUGCAGCUCGUUUCAGUGCCGCUAGCGAACUUCAACACCUGCAUGAGCUCCACCAUGGGGGAGUCAGCGCCGCAGAAGCUCAAGUGGCUGCUCUAUCCAGGGUGGCAGGCGGGCGUGGCUGUGGAUGUGCUGCGACUGGCCCUGGGCGUGACGGGCAUGUCGGGGCGCUACGAGCUGGGGGCGCCCGACACGCUGCCGCCCCCCGGGUCGCUGCGCAGCGGGGCUGACGUGCGCGACUUGGCCACCCGCACCAACAGCGAGUACGCCUUCGUGGUGCAGGACGGGUCCGGCGAGUCUCUGUCGGCCUUCCUUUCGGACACGCAAACCCACGUUGCGCGGGCCUCCGUGCUGCCCGUCUUCAACCAACUACCGGAGAACAGCUGCGCCUCCUUGGUGGAGCCGCGAGGCCCGCUGCACCCGCGCACCUACCUGCUGCUGUUCUACAGGGCCGACGCGUUGGCGGCACUGGCUGCGGCCGGGCGGGUGCCGGUGCCGGGUGGCAGCGCGCCUCCCAGCGACUGGUAUAGCAUGCUGUCACUGCUGGAGGCGCACGCAGCCGCCGUGGCGGCCCAGGCUCAGGCCACCACCGCCGCCGCCACCGGCUCCAACUCCACCACCAACGCCACUGCAGCGCUGCCUAGGUACGGCCUGUGCGUCACCACUGACGCCACGUGCGGCCGCCUCGGCGACCUGUGGACAGCCAUCGCCGCCAGCACGCUACAGACCCGUGGACCGCCAGAGGGCUACGCGUUCGACCUCACGGCGGCGCCGCCGGCGGCGGAGCCGCUCGUCGGCGGGGCGGGCUGGCGGCACGCCGCCGCCGUGCUGCAGGCGCUGUUGCGCUUCGCUGGCCCGCCCGACCAGCCCGAUGCGCCCGGGCAGCUGGCCUGCGGCGCGGUCAGCAGGCCGUUUGCGGACGGCGACUGCCUCAUGACGGUGGAGUGGGACGCGCAGGCGCCCGCGCUGGCGCGACAGCCGGUGCUGGCUCGCGCCGGCGUGCUGGGCGUGGCGCCGCUGCCCGGCAGCCGCGUGGUGGUGCCGCCGCCGGGCUGGUCGCAAGACAUGGGCGCCGCCGCGGCGGCGGCCACAGCGGCGGCGGCGGCCGCCGCCACCGCGGCGGCCAGCGGGCCCGCGGCGGCGGCUGUCGCCGCCGCCGCGUUGAGGGACGGGCUCGUGCCUUGUUCUCAGGACCUCUGUGCUAUGUCCAGCAACCACGACUUGCUUUACCUUCAGACUAGUACGGAGGGAGCGGUGGCCGCGGCCGCGGCCGCGGCGGCGGCCGCCAGCUCGAGCGGCACCGCCGCAGUGUCAAGUGUGGCCGUGCUGGCGGCGCUGGCGGCGCGGGAGGCGGCGGCGGCGGCGUGGCUGCGGCAGCAGGGCGCCUCUCUGUCGUACACUGAGCCGCCACUGGUCAACAGGGCGCCGUACAGCGCGGCAUGGGAACAGGUCAUGGCUGUGCGCUACGUGGGCAGCGGCAGCGGUGUGCUCAUAUCCGCGCUGGCCGAUGUUGUGGCGCUGCAGCAGUGGCAGCUGAGUGCGAUGGACAGCUACCGCGCCGCCAGACAGAACGCAACCGACACACUGCGCCGGGCGCUGCUGCGCCGAAGCACGGGCACCGCCGCGGCCGGCGUGAACACCUCCACGCUGUUGAGUGGGGCCUACCCAUUCCUGAACUGCAGCGAGUACAAGGCCGCGGAUUGGUGGCGCCUGCUCGCGACCUCCAGCAGUAGCAGCAGCAGCAACACAGGCGGCGGCGGCAGCUGGGGUCCUGACGCGCGGCCGCUGGCUGCGGCGGCGGGCCUCACCGACCCGGCCGCGGCGUCAGCGCUGCUGCGUGCGGUGUGGCACGCCCUCCACAGCCCCAAUGCUGCCCCUGACGUCCAGUCGCCGGUGCCGAUGAAUUGGUGGCGAUACGGCACACAGCAGGCCGCACAGCUGCUACUGCCGCCAUCUUCCACAGCCGCAGCUGCUACAGCCCCCAGCUCAAACAGCAGCCUCCUCUUCGCGGCGACGUCCUCCGGGGCAGCGGCCGCGGCCAGCAGUGCUACAGCCAACUCCACUGCCUUGGAGGCGCAGCGCGCGGACGCAGUAGCCCUGCUCUUGCGGCUGUGGGGACUGGCAGUGUCGGGUCUGGGUGACGAGUCGGUUCGGGCGACCUACGCCGAGUCCGUCUCAGCCGAACCCUGGCCCCAAGGCGCUGCCGCGGGGGACGACUCCAGCACGCACCUGAGCGACGGUGCCAUUGCAGCCAUUGCGGUGUGCUCCGCCCUGGGUGCGGCGCUGCUGGUGCUGCUGGCGGCGGUCAGUGUGUACCAGGUGCGGGCGGCGCGGCGGCACCUGCGCCGGGACCUUUUGGGUCGCGUGAUUGCGCCCAAGGCGGGGCCAGACACCACGCUUCUGAUCACAGACGUCCAGAACUCCACGGGCCUGUGGGAGUGCUUGCCCAGCUCCGUCAUGGACGUCGUGCUGAAACUGCACCACAGUACCAUUCGUUCGCUGCUGUCAGACUAUGACGGGUAUGAGUCCGCCACCGAGGGCGACUCAUUCAUCCUUGCGUUUGCGGGCCCCGCGGCCGCUUUGGACUUCGCCACCGCUUGCCAGGUUACUUUCUUAAAGAAGGACUGGCCCCAACCACUGCUGCAACACCCCGACGGCGUGCCCGUGCUCGUCUCCCUGCCGUACGACCCGCGUGCGGCAGCAUCCCUGGCGGGCGCCGCCGCCGCCGGUGCUGCCGGUGGGAAUGACGUCAGCGCCAGCACCACUGCGCUCCUGGCGUCAUUGGGCCUCAUUGCGCCGCCCUCGUCAGCGCCCGCGCGCACCCUGUCGCAGAUGCUUGGCGGCGCCGCCGGCUCCGUGGCACGCGCGAGCGGCAAUGGCGGCUUCACUCCGGGCCCAGGCGGCGCCGCCGGCACUGCUGCCGCAGCCGGUGGCGCGUCGUUCAUGCGCUUCUUCCGAUUGCGCAGCCUGCUGGGCGGUUCCACCCCCGCUGGCAGCACCCCUGCCCCGGGCUCCACUGCCGGCGGGCCCGGCAGCGAGCAUCACAGCGGCAACAACUCCAUUCUAGACUCCUCGCCUUUCACAGGGCACGCGGCGGCAAUUGGCAGCGGUGCAGCCGGCGGCGCAGCGGGCCCGCCGCAGGCGCCGGUUCCAUUCUCCCUCAGCGGCGUGCUGCCGUGCGGACCGACCAGCGCCGCCGGCACUAUCACUGCCACAGGCAUGGUCAUAGGCGGCAUCGGUCUUACGGGCGCCUCGCGGCCCAGUAGCGGCGCCAACACGGGUUUCGGCAGUGCCCUCAGCAUCAGCUGUGAUCACACCAGCGAGAGCGCCGCCGUCGCGGCGGCGGCGGCGGCGAUUGCGGCCACGGGCGGCGGCGGCCCCACGUGCUCCUGGUGCGACACGUUGGUGGCGGCGUUUCCGGUUAUUCCGUUGGACUCGCCCGAGGGGCGGCGGCUGGCGGCGCUGGUCGGUGCGAUGGGAACGCUGCCGGCAGACGAAGAUGGAGGCGAUGGCGAUGGUGACCAGGACAGUGGAAUGCAGGUGCUGGACAUGAGCACUGGCGGAGGCGGCGGUAGCAGGCGCCGCGCGUCUGUUGCCGCGGACUCGACUGGGCGCGAGGGCUGGGGCAACACACAACAACCGCCGUGCCUGCGCCUGUCCGAUGGCCGACUGGUGCUUGUCGCCUACCGCGGCCUCCGGGUGCGCAUGGGGCUGCACACCGGGCUGGAGGCCCCCGAGUCAAUGACCUUCAACAAGUUCGCAUCGGCCUACGCGUACGGUGGCAAGUUCGCGGAGAUUACACGACUGGUAUCGAACGCUGCACCAGGCGGCCUCAUCACCCUCUCUGGCGCCGCGUUCACCCGCUUAAGGCACGCGCGCCCCGGCGCCGCCGCACAUGUCAGCAGCAGCGGCAGCGCGCUUGGGUACGGCGUCCCUCAGGGCCAGAGCCCGAGGCAGCAGGGCCAGCCGCCGUCAAGCAACAACAACAGCCCAAGGCAACGUCGCGCAUACGAUCCCUCACAUGCCGGCCCCACCAACGGAACGCACGGCAGCGGCAACGGCUCCAAGGCGACACAAAGCCCUGCUGACGGUGCCGCUGGCCACGGCGACAGGGGCAGUGUCUCCCGCCUUCUGACGCUGCUGCACGCGCGCGGCACCGCCGCUGGUAGUGACGCGGCCGCUGCUGCCGGCGGCGUCAGCAUGGCGGCGGCCGCCGCCGCGGCGGCGGCGGUCCUCAGCCGGCCCAUUGUUGUGUUCGCGGGCACCUACGUGCUGCAGGAGCCGCUCGCGCGGACUCGCAAGUCGGGCUCCGCGCGCAAGUCCACCAGCUCGCACAAGUCGCUCAAUGUCACAUCCGCCAACAUCGCCUCUCUCGACGGAUCACAUCGCGGCCCCGGCAUUGGCGGCGGCGGCGGCUCGGGCCGAGCCUCACACAACGGGCGCUUCAACCGGCGCUCCGCGCCCGCGGCGACAGUGCCGGCGGCGGGUUCAAGCAACGCAUCCACAAAGUCGCGUGGAGGCGGCUCCGGCCGGCCGCCCUCGGCGUCGCAGGUGGUCAUAACCGUGGGCAACCGCACCGGGACGUACGGCAACACGAGCCUGGGCACUGGCGCUGGCACAGGGACGGGCAGCUACGCCACAAGCAAUGCCAGUAACUUCGGCGGCAGCGGCGGCAGCAGCGGCAACAACUCACACGGGGCGUACCGGCCCCGGGCCACUGGCGGCAGCCGCUACGGCGGCAACUUCUGGCGGCCAAGCGAGGGGCCGCUGGCGGAGGCGACACUGACGGAGGAGGGGGAGCCCGACCCCGCGGCGCUGGCCGCACAGCCUCAACAGCCGGCAACGGGCGGCCCGGCAGCGGAGCAGGCGGCAGCGGUGCCUCCUCUGCCUAUCGCUGCAUCUGUGCCGGCGGCCGCGGUGCCGGUGCCCCUGGCCGUGGCUAGCCUGAUCCAGGGCGAGAACCCGGCAGCGAUUGCGGCUCGGCUGGCCAGCUCUGGCAGCGUUCCCAACAGCCCCGUCCGCCGGGGCGUGACGGACGCGACGGAGUCGAGCUUUAGUAUCCACGUGCGUGGCGGCGUAGCUCGUGCUUUGGGCAGCGGGCCUGGCGGCGCCGCUGGUGGGGGCGCAGCUACAACCGAUGAUGGUGGGACCACCACAGACGACGGUGGCGCUGCUUGGGCGAGGGGUGAUGUGCUGCAGCAGCAGCAGCGGCGUGCUGGCGGCGGCGGCGGCGGCGGCGCGCCAUUGUGGCCGCAAGGAAGUAGCGGCCUGCGCAAGGUGCGGCUGCAGACGCCGGCAGAGGCGGCGGCGGCGGAGCUGUCCGCGCGCCCCGGCAGCGGCAGCGGAUUUCCCUACGGCACGACGCCUGAGGACAACUCCCCCGUGAUGCGCAUGAAAAGCAGCGGCAUCGGCUCGGGCCCGCAGCCCACCGAGUUUGUGCCCAUGGGUGUGGUGCCCACACACAGCAGGAGUGGCCUGGUUGCGGCCAUGGCGGCGGCGCUGGCGUCCGCGCACGCCGCAAGCAACACCGUUGCUGGCAGCGGCGGCACCGGUGGUGGAGCCCUGACAGCCGCCGGGGUGGCCGGCUCUGCUGGCCGUGCCGCCGCCGGGAUCCCCGCCGGCGCCGCCAGCGGCCCCUCCGGUCUGUUCAGCCGGCCGUCGAGGAUGGGCAGCAGCGGCCGCCGCGACACCGGCACGGGCGGGCUGAGCACGGGUCCAUCGGGCGGCAUGGGCACGCGCACGCACACAAGCCAGUACGUUUCGAGCAGCCACGUGACGGUGACCAGCCGCUACGUCAGCAGCAGCUACCACGUCAGCACCAACCACAACUACAGCGGCGCCACGGUGUACAGCGGCGGACACGUCAGCCGCGUCAGCCGCGCGCGGCCGGCGCCGCCGCCUCGCACGGACCAAAUCAUGAUCCCCGACCAUGCGGUGUCGGUGUUUGUGGCGUGUCACCCCUCGCUCAUGUGCCGCCUCGCUAUGGCGCCGCCGCUGCGGUCCGUACGGCAGGUUGGGUUGGGCUCGAUCUUUGCGCCCGUGCGCACAGUCACCAUUGCUUUCAUGAAGGUGGUGGGCGCCAGCGCGCUGCUUGCCGACCUGCCGGUGGUGGCGGCACGAGCCAUGGACGCCUUCGUGCGCAUCGCCGCCGGCAUGCUGCCAGAGUGCGGCGGCGGCUACGUGGUAGAGGGCGGCGCGGGCGGCGGGGGCCUGGUGCUGGCGGCAUUUGCCUCUCCCUCCGCCGCCACCAGCUGGGCUCUCAGCACUCUGGCGGCGCUGCGGCGGCACCCCUGGGAGGAAGAGCUACUGGCGCACGAGCAAUGCGGGGAGGAGUUGGCCAUCGGCGGCGCGCUGACGACCGGCGGCUCCGGCGCCGCCUCGCCCACCGCGGCCGGCACGACAACGGCGAUGUCGGCGGCGCACCACAUGGGGCUGAUCGUGGAGGCCAGCGGCGCGCAGGCGCAGUCCCAGACCCGUGGGCCGCUGCAGGCCCGCUCCUCCAGUCUGGGCCCCCGGACCUUCUCGGUCUUGAGGAGCCAGGACUCGGUCAUUCACAGCGGCCCCCGCGUCAAGGUGGGGCUCGACAUCGGACCCGUGGCGCACACACUGACGGAGGCCAGCGGCCGGCUCAGUUACCGCGGCCGAGUCAUGAACCGCGCAGCUCGCAUCGCCAGCAUCGGCGCCCCCGGACAGGUGCUGGUGAGCGGCGAUGUGUGGGAGGCGAUCAAUGGCGAGGAGGCGGGUGUGCGUGGCGCCUUCACGGGCGUGCACAUGGGCACGGUGUCACUCAAGGGCGUCACCCAACCGGUGGAGGUGGUGCAGGUGCUCCCAGACGUGGCGCAGCAACAGCAGCAGUAGCGGCUGUAGAAAGAAUUGGAGGCGGUGGAGGAGGUGGAGGGAGAGCAGGAGGAGGAGAGGAGCAGGAAAACCGCUACUGCUCCAUCCAUUCUACUCCCUAACCCAAGGUUGAAAUUGUGUGCAGAACUUGGCAUAACCAUUGUGAUUAACGAUGAAAUGGGGGCCUGUGCCAGAGCCUUGCGCUACGCCAUAUGAUAUUAACCGUACGGUAUGUUAUGUUUGCGAGUUUGACUCUGCAAGGAGGCUUCGUGCACAAGCGGUGCAACCACAUGUCAUAGAGGCCACCGUGUGCCAUGUCAUACCAUGUGGUCCUUGUGGGGAUUGUUAAUUGUCAGACACCGAAGAGACCACGCCAGCAACCCUGUGGGCUAGGAGAGUGUUAACGCCGCAGCUCUCUCAUGCAUUCAAUGCGCAGGUUCGCAGCUUGGGCCUACUUGGGCCUCCGCGGCGGUAUGUCGACCCCGUGUGCCACAGCAGGGACGGAGGGCAGGGACACGGGUUCGGAGGUGCUUCUUGAGCGGUGCUGAGCGGUGUAAUAUUGGGUGUCAUGGGCUUUGCGCCGUGGCUUUGCGCUGUGGGGGUGGGGCCGUGGGGGACCGUGUCAAGAACUCUUAGUAGUGUACCACCGUACCCCCGGCCCCUUCCGCAUCAUUUUCUUCCAUGGCAUAGAUUGACGUUUAGGCUGCGCCCAGAACCGUCGUCAUGGAUACGACAGGUGUUGGUUUGCUGGGGACGGGGAGUCGGGGACGGGCGCAUCCUGGCCCAUCGCGCAUGCCGACAUCAGCAGACAACGCCGGACUGCAACGCCGAGCGCUCU